AUGGAGGACCUAAUGUAUAUAUUGGCUUUAGGCGAAGAAUGCAGAUAUAGCGUACAAUUCAUUCAAAAUAGUGUACCGAAAUCCAGGGUAUUUUUAAAUGAGAUCUUAUGGGAACUCGAUGAAAACCGAUUCAAGAAGAUCACACGUGUUACUUGGAAAACUUUCGAUGCUAUUUUGGAUCUAAUAAAGGGAGACAAUCUUUUCAACAAAAUUCGGUCGGGCAAACAAUUUCCAAUUAAAACGCAACUGGCAAUUGUGUUGUAUCGCUUGGGUUCUAGCGGUGAAGGAGCUACUCUUUCGAAGAUUGCAGGUUUAUUUGGAAUCAGUGAUGGUGGUAUCAUUCAGAAUUUAACUGAACGCAUAUUUAAUGCGCUGUUGAAUUAUAAGGACCAGUAUUUAUUUUGGCCAAAUACGGAAGAACGCAAAGAGCUCGUUUUAGAAACUUCGAGUGAGUUACCUAACUGCAUAGGAUACGUUGAUGGUACCGAAAUUCCAUUGGCGGAAAAGCCGUCACAAGACCCAGAAGCGUACUUUUCACGAAAACAUAUUAACUCCGUUAAGGCACAAGCCGUGUGCGAUCAUAGAUUACAAAUAAGGCACCUGGUGUUAGGCUUUCCAGGUAGCGUUCAUGAUGCACGUAUUUUUAAUAACAGCGAAUUGUCAAUUGAAGCACAUAAAUUUUUUGGAGAAGACGAUUAUUUCGAUUACCAACCUGAGGAAUCGGAGCACAGUAUUGACGAGUCGUUAUGGGAGCCAAAUGUUCGUACCAAUGAAGGGGAGAUAAGGCGACGAUAA